AUGGAUAAAACUCGUGACAAAGUGUUUCGCCGUAAAGUGAUGUUUUCAGAUAGUGUAACCAGGAUACCUAAAGUGUACGAAAACGGACGCAAGGAUGGACCCCGUCCUAGGAGUAGGAGUGUAUUUACGAGUUCGCAUGCCAGCGACGAAAUGCCACCCAGAGAUAUCAUGCGGUACGAGGGACAGUCUUCGAGGCCCCCAUACGUGCCCAAACCGAUAACCGUCAAGAACUACUUCUCGGAAGAUUUCAAUGACAUAUAUGCCGACGACGGAUAUACAGGGGGCACCACGAUAAGCCCGCACGGAAUAAUAACGAUGCGCCUGCGCGACUUCAUCAGAGUGGACCUGUCGCUAGACCGUUCGAUUCGCAUAUCCAAUACCAAGAACGGCAUCGUUUUGGCUUUGAGCGCCAGCGGCAGUUCUUCGGGCCUCAUCCAUCCCAACGGCAGGAUGUACCAGUACGGAUCGAGAGUGGAGAUUAUGGCCAAUGAUAGUCAAGGAAAUGACAAGUUUGCGAAGAUGUGGUACAAAGGAGUUAGUUUCACCAGCAUUCAGUGCGCCCUUGUAUAUUUGGUCGAUUCCGCAGGAACACGCACUACUACUGAUUCCUUCAAUGAUUUGACGCACGAUUUUACCAUGAAUAUAUUCUACGAGGAUUCCCCGUAUUCCUACAUAGACAAUCCGAGUACCACUGCUACCACCCAUCUAGUUAACGAAGCAAUGGCAAUUUUGCAAGCAACCAACUGCUGGAUGACCGAAGACGGCACCACUAAUUGGAUCAUCAACAACGUCAGGAUUUCUCAAACUGCGGACGGAUUAGUAAGGGUCGGCAGAAACAGCAACAAGUUCUCGCUAAGAACCUCCCCCACGAACGGCUCCGCGUCAGUGUCCUCCCCCUACAUCCAUUGCACGGGGUCGAUGGGGCAAACCCGCCAUCUGUUCGUCAGAAGGGGCGAGCGACGCAUGCACUAUGACGGAUCGACUUUCAUUGUGCGCAACGCCGGCCAUUCUGCUGGGUUCGACGAGAAGCACCAGCUGAAGGUUUACUAGUCUCUCGAGUGUUUCUUCUUCUUUUUUUGCGUGUGGCGAAGCCUGUCAUUAGUUUUUUUUUUAUUUGGGUUGUUGCAAAGAUCUAAUAAUAUGUAAGCUACUAGAUGCACCCUUGCCUUACCGUCAACAUAAGAGAAAGGAUCAUUGAUUUGGCGAGAAGCACCAGCUGAAGGUUCACUAGUCGGUCGCCUCAUAGUGUUUCUUCUUCUUUUGUCCGGUCUAAAGAGAGAGAUUGAUUUGGUGGAGUUUUUCUGUCAUGUUGCUCUUGUUUAUCUAUCCUUUUCACUUGAAUGCGCUGAACAAAGAUAAAAAAGAUAAAUACACACUCAGUGCUUAGAAACUCUAACAGUUCUAGUUUGUUGCCGUUUAUUGGAGUGUAUUUUUUUAUAACGGAAAGGAGCAUUGAUUCGACGAGAAGCACCAGCUGAAGGUUUACUAGUCUGGGAGUGUUUCUUCUUCUUUUUUUGCGUGUGGCGAAGCCUGUCAUUAGUUUUUUUUUUAUUUGGGUUGUUGCAAAGAUCUAAUAAUAUGUAAGCUACUAGAUGCACCCUUGCCUUACCGUCAACAUAAGAGAAAGGAUCAUUGAUUUGGCGAGAAGCACCAGCUGAAGGUUCACUAGUCGGUCGCCUCAUAGUGUUUCUUCUUCUUUUGUCCGGUCUAAAGAGAGAGAUUGAUUUGGUGGAGUUUUUCUGUCAUGUUGCUCUUGUUUAUCUAUCCUUUCCACUUGCAUGCGCUGAACAAAGAUAAAAAAGAUAAAUACACACUCAGUGCUUAGAAACUCUAACAGUUCUAGUCUGUUGCCGUUUAUUGGAGUGUAUUUUUUUAUGACGGAAAGGAGCAUUGAUUCGACGAGAAGCACCAGCUGAAGGUUUACUAGUCUGGGAGUGUUUCUUCUUCUUUUUUGCGUGUGGCGAAGCCUGUCAUUAGUUUUUUUUUAUUUGGGUUGUUGCAAAGAUCUAAUAAUAUGUAAGCUACUAGAUGCGCACUUGCCUUACCGUCUUGAGGCCAACAUAAGAGAAAGGAUCAUUGAUUUGGCGAGAAGCACCAGCUGAAGGUUCACUAGUCGGUCGCCUCAGAGUGUUUCUUCUUCUUUUUUCCGGUCUUUUGAGAAAGAUUGAUUAGGGAUUGAAUUGGUGGAGUUUUUCUGUCAUGUUGCUCCUGUUUAUCUUUUUCACUUGCAUGCGCUGAACAAAGAUAAAUACAGGGUGAUCCACGGUGGAUAGCCUAUUAGAAGUAUCUGGAGUCCGAAAAGACAGAACAUUGAACAUUCUCUAUUCGUCUGAAAUAUUUUCAUCGAUACAGUGUUGCCGCUUCUAUCAGAAACAACUAGUAACAUUGAUAUUUCAAAUGGAACACCCUGUAUUUCAUUGCAUUUUUAGAUUCUUCCUCAAGGGCUGAUUUCAUCAAUGCAUCACACUUGGGGUCUAGCAGGAAUUAUCACAGAGAUAUAGGGUGUUCAAAAUCGAGAUUUUUCAAUUUUAGGAUUAUUUUUGUAUCGAAACUAUUCAUUAUCGAUCAAAACGGCUUGCAUGUCCCUAUCUUAACUUUUGAUUCAGUAUCUACUGGAAUUUAAUUGAAAAAAAUACAGGGUGAUCCAAGAUUCAGAAUUCUGAUCACCCUGUAUCUGUUCCAAUUAAAUGUCAGUAGAUAGUAAAUCGAAAGUUAAGAUAGGGACAUGUAAGCCGUUUUGAUCGAUAAUGAAUAGUUUCGACACAAAAAAAUCCUAAAAUUGAAAAAUCUCGAUUAUGAAUCUCCUAUAUCUCUGUGAUACAUCGAUGAAAUCAUCUCUUUAGGAAGAAUCUAAAAAUGCAAUAAAAUACAGGGUGUUACACUUGAAAUAACAAAGUUGCUAGUUGUUUGUGAUAGAAGUGGCAACACUGUAUCGAUGGAAAUAUUUUAGACGGGUAGAGAAUGUAUACACUCAGUGCGAAAAACUCUAACAGUUCUGGUCUGCUGCCGUUUGUUGGAGUGUAUUUUUCCAUGACUAAAAUGAGCAUUGAUUCGACGAGAAGCACCAGCUGAAGGUUUAUUUACUAGUCGGUCGUCUCGGACUGAUUCUUCUUUUUUUUUGCGUGUGGCGAAGCCUUACAUUAGUUUUUUCGGUUGUUGUUGCGAAAAUAUAACAAUAUGUAAACUACUAGGUGAUCUCCUGCCUCACCGUCAUGAAGCCAACAUAAGUAAUAGGAUCAUUGUCAUGGCUGAAUACUUAUCGGUGGUGUUCCUGCCGUCAUAGUUUAUCUAUCCUUAUUACUAGCAUGUGCUGAACAAAGAUGAAUAUACACACAGUGCGGAGAACUCUACCAGUUCUAGUCGGAUGCCGGUCAUUGGAGGAUUUUUUCCAUGUGGCGAACCCUGUCAUUCGGUGUUUGAGAUUGUUGCAAAGGUCUAAAGCGUCUCUUUCGUGCGGACCAAAGGAUAAAAACAGUUGCACAAUCACAUUACCGCCUUGACGUCGACAUAGGAGAGAGAAAGAACCAUUAAUAUGGCUGCAUAUGUUAUAAACAGUGAGUUAUAUUUCCAUAGAAUAGAAUCGGUGGCGUUUCUGUACUCGGGUCGGUUGCAAUUCGUUUAUGGUUAUAUCCAUGGCAACAUAAUUAUGCCCUUGCUGAUGAGUUAGAAGAGUAGUUGUUUCUUCGUUAUGUUAACAGAGGUUUAUGCCACUGGUUCUUAGUGUUUAUCUAUCCUCAUAAUUUGCAUAUCUUCAACAAAGAUAAAUAUACACUCUGUGCGAAAAACGUAUUUCCAAUGAAAUUCGCUAAAAGAUAAGUGUGGGAUUUUCACUAUAUCAGCUAAUUGCUACUUGUCGCCUCCUCUCUCUCUCUCUCUCUCUCACUCCUGGUCUUUGUUUUGAGUGGUUGCUACGUUUCAUCUUUCUCUAGGUCCGUUGUUUCGAUUCGAAAUUUCGACAUCUUCAAAUGGUGGUUGUCUCGUUGUGUCUCAAUCUUAUGUUGGAUCUAGUAGAGUAUAAUAUUAUUAGGUCUUUGGGUUAUUGUCUGAUUAGCUUUCUUUUUUGUCAGUGUUUGAGUGUAGUUUGCUUGUUCGAUGUUAAAUUCCAGUGAGUCAUAGGAAACUUGCCUCAUGAAUAGAAUGGAAUCUGUUUGAAUAAUAGCCGACGUUACUGUGUGUUUUGGGAGAUGAACUGAAUUGACAUUUGAUGGAUCUGGCGGCGAUUUAAAAAUGUAUUCAUGAAUUGACCAUACCCUUUACAUUAGGUGCGUUCGGUUUAACAAAAUCUGAGCCGAGCGAGCAGAUGCAGAUUUGGUGUCACGUGAUCACCUAGCAGAUAGAGCUAAAGAUAUUUAACGAACGCUCAACGAGGUAGUGGAUUGCGAGCGCCAGCUGUCAGAAGUAACAGAAAACAGAAACAACUCACUUAACCUCAUUACUUUUGAAAACACGUCAGGGCAACAGAGUUUUUUUGAAUGUUUGUUGUUUAUAUUUUGAAAAUUACUAGGGAAGGAAUGAUAUUCUGUCUCAUAUGAUCGGUCAUUAAAUGUGGAUCCAGGGCAGUUGUGAUCGCAUAUAUUACAGAUAUAUAAUUGAUAUGCUACCUACAGCAAAUUCGUCGGUAAUUCUGGCGAUUCUGGGCAAGGAGGAUUCUACAAAAUUCAGUUUCAGUGUUUCGUUUCCAGUUGAUCGAGUCUUUAAUUUUUCGACAUAAAAGAGAUAUAAUUUCAAUAACAUGUUGUUGACAUUGAUUUGUUGACAACUGACAACCGAAUAACCGAUCAAAUCUGAAUAAUCUGCUCCUCAAGGUGGAGCAAACAGAUUACAUCUUUCAGCUCGCUCUGACAAUUAACGAACACAGAGCAGAUUAGACAGAGGAAGUAGAUCUGAUUUAUCGAACGCUUUCCGAGCUAACAGAUGGAAUCGAGCUAACAGAUAUGUUAUAACCGAACGCACCUAUUGUAUUACGAAGUCAAUGAGGUGUAAAUAUUGAUAUGUGUUAACAUUUCGCACGGGCUUAGUAUGAUCUAAUUUCAUUGAAUCACUUUUAUUUUUCCGUCAACAUAUUGAUUGUCAAUCCAUACUGUACGUGUACCCUUAUUUGAAUAACAUAAUCCCAUUAAUUUAUAAGUAAUUCCUCUGAAAAUCACGUAGUGAUUAUGAAUGAAAUGAAACACUGCUAUCACUGCAGCUGCACAGACAACGUUGACAACUGCUUUGUGAUAACUGACAUAUCGUCGGUGAACUGGCAAAACCAAGUAACUGACAGAAAUUCGAAAAUGGGAUUCUGGCGAAAUCGGUCUAUCAUAUUGGUGGGGAUGCGUAUGCAAAACCUCACAACUGGUAAAAAAUUGUAAAUAUUUUGAAAUCCAUAAACACAACACAAACAAAAAAGUAUCUAACGUAGGCAACAUGAUUCACGCCUCUGAUAUUUUGUGCUCAAGUUUUUUUCACAGAGAUCAAUCUCUGCUAAUUGGUGAGUGACUUUUUAUAGAACAGAUAUAUAAAACAUUUUAUUCUUAACUUCAAUUGAUAUUUCAACACAGGAUGUGAGAAUUUAUCUCAAGUAUUUGUUGAGCGGAAAGUCCGAAAAAAUGAAGUUACGUGUUUUUGCGAAUUACUUUUCUGGAUGAUUGUUGUUGCUUUCGCACAGAAGCAGAUGUUUAAACCAAGUAUCUUACGCUGACAAACGUAAACAAUGACUUUUUUCAAUAAUCAAUGUACAAACGUAAGGAUGAUAAUAAUCAGGUGGUUUGUUACUAUUUUUUAUUGAAUCUGAUCGGUUAACCCGAAAUUAUAAAGUUUUUAGUGUCUCCUGAAAUUUUUGGUUUUUGCAGUUACUUGGUUUUGCGGUUUCGUCGACGAUAUAUCGAAUCGCCAUCUAUCGUGAUAAAGGCUAUGACAGGCUCAGUUGGCUAUGACAAAUUUUAUAAGAUUCCAUUCUAUUUGUGAGGGAAUUUUCUAUCCAGUGGAUCUUCGAUAUAAUACAUAAUAUUCUUUGGAAUAUUUUGGUUAGACGGUGUGGUGUGUAUUGCGAAUUGAUCGAAUCGGUUGGAUUUCUUAGAGCAUCAUUUUUAUGUGUGUUACAGGGUGGAUUUGAAUGAGGUAGCACAAAUCAUAGCGGUAGGUAGAGUCGAAAAAAUAUAACUACAGCAAACUGUUCCAAAUGUAUUUUUCAUCCUGUGUAAAUAAAUAUUAAUACUUUCCUAAAGUGUGAAAUAUGUGGAAUAUAUUAGGUACUGUAUGGUUCUCAUAUUGGUUACAACUUUAGACAAAUUAUGUGUCGUAGUUUCGAAUUUACUGAUGUAAUUUGUGCUACUUAAUUUGAAUACACGGUAACCAUCUUUUGUUGCCAACUAAGGGAUGCCAACCUAAAAGUGAGUAAUCUUUUACAAACCUUGACGUUGGUAUCAGUUUUCAUCAAUUGCUAUUGAAUUGAUUUUUACUUGAUUUGAUAUCAAUGAUUUCGGAUGAGUGCGAUAGUAAUAUUUUAAUUUUACAAAAAGUGUGAGAUUUACCAUCGUGUAGUGGGAAAUUUGUAAAAAUGUGCAGAGUAAACAGCUUACUGACUUUGACUGUGAUAAUGAAUGUUGUAAAGCCAAUGAUAAUCGAGUAAUAACGUAUAGAAUGUGAAGACAUGUCUCGAAAAAUUUGAAUCAAUAAAGUGACAUUGUGGU